AAUGUGAUUUUGAGAACUACUUUUCAUCCUAAAUUAAUUCUCCCAAAUUUAUAUUAGGAAAAUUCCCUCAAAUUCUAGAACAUAAGUUGUCCUACUAUUUGUUUCAAAAAAAAAAAAAAAAAAAAAAGUUGUGUUACUAUUAAGUUUUUAUUGGUGUAAAGUUUCUCCACAAAAAAAAGUUUUAAUUGGUGUACCAUUUUUUAAUUGUAUUUUUCAAUGCCAGAAACAAAUAAAAAAAAAUCAAAAUCAAAAUCAAAAUCAAAAUCAAGUAAAAACAAAAUAUCCCUUUCUAUAAGAAUAUUUUCUCUGACAAUUCUGGGUUAUUUGGGCCACUUUCUCCGACCUCUGCCACUCUCUUCACCUCCACUGCUCUUUUCUCCUCACACCAAUCAACAGUUCUCAUCUUUGAAGUAAUAGUAAUGGAAUUGUUAAACUAUUGCGUGAGGUUUCCUUACUACAACCUCUGAGUUAUCUUGAUUGUAAAGGUUUCUCGUCGAUGUGGUUGAUGUUGUAGCUUCUCGUCGAUGCCUUAACCCUUAACGAGGAGGAGGUUGAUGUUAUUGUAGCUUCUCGUCGAUGUCUUAAUCCUGAAUUUGCCUGUUUCGACGAGGUGGUUAAUUGAUGUUGUAGCUUCUUGUCGAUGCCUUAACCCUGAAUUUGCCUGUUUCGACGAGGAGGUUAAUUGAUGUUGUAGCUUCUCGUUGAUGCCUUUUUGUCAUUGUCAUUAUUUUGCUUGUUUCGACGAGGAAGAGGUUGAUGUUGUAGCUUCUCGUCGAUGCCUCUACUAUUACAAUCAAAGAGGCUAUGUUUCUCUUGCUUUUACCUCUUCGCCUCGCUCAUCCUCGCCUUCUAUGUCUCUAUCUCCCCUAGCAUGAAAUGCCUCCUUUUUCGCGCUGCUCCCUAUGAUCCCAUCCAAUCCCCCCUCUUCUCUUACCCUUCGACUUAUGGCGAGCACAAGCAUGUUCUUCCUACUCUUCGUUCGUCCUGUUCUUCCCCUGUUUUCUUCUCAGAUUAUCCAUCGAUCUUGAAAGAGAUACAACAAGGUUUUCAAGAUCGAAUUGAGUCGCCUUUGAGGUAUAUGCAAGGGAAGGCUGUUACAUUUGGUGGGAAUUUUAGCUUAGAGAAGAGGAUUAAUUUUUUUGAUACAUUUGAACAAAAUAUAGAAUUCCCUUGUGGAUUCUUUAAGCCAUUUCCUAUCAAUGAUUAUGAUCGAGCAGAAAUGGGGAGGUGCAAAGGAGUGGUAGUAGUAUCUGCGAUUUUUGGUGAUCAUGAUAAAAUCCGGCAACCAAAAGGGAUUGGUUCUAAGACAUUAGACAUCACUUGUUUCAUCAUGUUUGUUGAUGAUGUUACAUUGAGAGGGCUUGUUAACCACAACUUAAUUUCGAAAGAAUCGAAUGAAUAUAAGGUUGGUGUAUGGAGGCUAGUCAAUGUCUCAUCUCAAGGGUUGUAUCGAAAUCCAGCCAUGAAUGGUGUGAUACCAAAGUAUCUUGUUCAUAGACUUUUUCCUAAUGCAAAGUACAGUAUUUGGGUGGAUGCUAAAUUGCAACUUGUGGUUGAUCCUUUGCUUUUGAUUCAUUCCCUUGUAAUCAAGGAGGAUGUGGACAUGGCCAUUUCGAGGCACCCGUUUUUCACACACACCAUGGAGGAGGCUAUGGCGACGACAAGGUGGAGAAAAUGGUUAGAUGUUGAAGGAGUAAAGAUACAAAUGGAAACUUAUUGUGAAAAUGGGUUACGUCCUUGGUCAUCUAGUAAACUACCUUACUUAUCCGACGUGCCAGAUACAGCCUUGAUACUGCGAAAGCACGGAGUAAGUAGCAAUGUCUUCUCAUGCCUGAUGUUCAAUGAGUUAGAUGCCUUCAAUCACAGAGAUCAGCUGGCCUUUGCAUAUGUGAGGGACAAGAUGAAGCCUAGAAUCAAAAUGAACAUGUUCGAGGUGGAAGUACUCGAACAGAUUGUAUUGGAAUACCGGCACAACCUUAAGCGUGGCAGCUCUUCUACCACUCCUGCAGACAAAAUCAAAGUCACAAGGGCUCAACCAGAUGUUUCGAGGGCCAACGGCCUUGGCAAGUGUCAAGGGUAUUUUUUGGAGAUGUGGGGGGAAUCACAUUAUUGAUCCUUCUUGUUUUGGAGCAAGUAUAGUAGGUUAUUCUUUUAUUGUUGUUUAUAGUCAUAUUUAGAUAGGUUUUAGACAUAUUUGAUCGAGUAAGGAGGAAAAAAAGGCGUAGGAAAUGACAUUUUAAAUACUUUGUAUGGCAUUUACAUCAGAUUUGGUGCUAUUUUGUGCGCCAUUUAUUCUUAUGUUAAAUGCAUUCUAAGUC